AUGGAGGACAAAUUUUAUAAAUAUAUAGAUAAAUUAUCUAAGCCUAAAUAUGAUAUGUAUAAGGAUAAGGAUGCAACAGAUAAAUUAUAUAAUUAUCUCUGUAGUAUUAUUAAAAUAAAAGGAUUUAGUGAUUCUAACAUAGAACAUAAAAUAUUAUGCAACCAAUCAAUGGCAUAUAUAUAUCAUAUAGUUAUUAAGAAUAUGAAGCAAGAUAAUGAAUCUGAAAAUGCCUAUUGUUUAUACUUCUAUCAUUGGUUAUAUAAUAAAUUUAUGAUAAAAGGAAAAGGAGAAAUUCCCAUUAAAAGUCUUUAUGAUAUGAUGUUACGAGUGCGAGCAAAUACUACUCAAUAUUAUAAUAUAUGCAGUUAUUAUAGACAUAUAGCUAGUGAAUAUGAUUUGAACAAAUUCUCACACAUGUAUAGAUUUUAUGAAUGCAUUAAUAAUGAAGAUGAUGAUGCGCAUUCUACAGACAAGAAUUUUUGUAAUAAAGUUAAAGAAAUUAUAGAUAAUCAUAAUACAAAAAUACAAAAAGAAACUAUUAUAGACUCUCCUAUCAUAGCUCCAACGACGUGUCGUGCUAAUGCUACAAAUUCUAUUUUAAUUACAAUUAUCGCAAUGUUUAUAAUAAGUUCAUUCUCAUAUAUUAUAUAUAAG